CAUUUUACAUUUGAAUCAGUAUAUUUGGAUACCUCAGUGUGAUCAUGUUUUUUUGUCGCCUCACAAAGUUUACAGUUAAUGAAGGGCUAAGACAGAACUGCUGUAUGUCUUCAACUCUUCAAAAUGUACAUCAAUGCUGCACUGAAACAAUGGACAAUGAAAUGCAAUCCUAUGGUAGUUCGAAUUGGAAUCAGGCAAAUCUAUGCAGAAUGAUCAGGUUGUUAUUGCUGAAGAUAAGGGCCACACAAACUACUUGAUAAGGAAAUUACUUGAUAAUGUUAACAAAUAUAAUUCUAAGACGAGGGGUAAACCACUAUUAGAAAUCAUUGUACAUUUUUUGGGUAAUCACCUGGCAAUACAUGGGAAUCAACUUGGGAAUCCAUAGGAAUCACAUGGAAAUCAUGGGAAUCACAUAGAAAUCCAUGGGAAUCACAUAGAAAUCCAUGGGAAUCACAUAGAAAUCCAUGGGAAUCACUUGGAAAUCCAUGGAAAUCAAUGUGGAAAUCCAUAGAAAUAACCUCACUUUUUAAUAUCACUUGUGUUCACACAUGUUUUAGCUGCCUUGUUUUUGUUUAGAUUUUGUGGGUUUUUGAGUGUUUUUAGUGCUAAAAAAUUACAAAACUGGUAAGUAAUACUAAUUCUUGAGUAUGGAAUUUAAAAAAUAUGUGAUUGUACCGACAUUAUCAGCAUCUUUAGCUAAUAAUCUAGUUGAAUUGUUUAGAUUUGUUUGAUUUGCAUCUAUGUAAAUUUAAAGGGUCAAUAUUGCAUUCACUGUAUUUAAAUUUAUUAAUUUGUAUUUAUUAUUAACAAACCCAGCAAACAUUCUGGCUUCUUUGAUUUCCAACCAGGCCCUAUAAAUUUUACAUUUUUAAUGAUAACUAAUUUAUACCUUUCUUGUUAGGACUAGCUGAACUAACAUUACAUAAUAAUUAAAAUAAAAUAAAAUUAUUAUGAACAGUGUAAAAGUUAGAGAGUAUGGCUUAAGUACGUCGUUGCAAUCAAACUGUGCUCGAAUCUGACAGCACUGUUAUAAUGUAUCUAAUAAGAAUAGGUACUAUAUAUACUCCGAGAUAUACUCGUAAAAAGGCAUUGCUUUAUUUAAGAGUUAGAUUUGUUAUUAUUUUCAGGUUACUUACGAUGGAAUAUAUUAAUGGUUUGUUAAAAAGUUUUGAAGCUGAAGUUCCCGCUUAUCUCAAAUCACUUCUUAUAUACAACGGAUUUGAUAAUUUAUAUUCCCUUUCACAGUUUAAUAUUGAUGAAGACAUUGAGAGAAUGGAGUGUUAUGCAAGGGACGUCCUUUCAAAGGUAUUGAAAGGAGAAGAAAAAAAAGCAAUGUUUGGAAUUGUCUGCGAAGAAUGCUCUCUAUUUAAAAUUCCGGAAGGCCAUAAAAAGCUUUUGCGCUUUGUAAAGGAAGAAUCAGAAAAAAAAAUUAAACUGCUAAAACGUCCACUUCUUUGUGAAAGGUCUGAAGGCUGUCCAGCUGAAAAAACUUUCCCCAAAAAGAGAAGAACAGUGACAAAUAAAAGUACAUCUCGAUCUGAGAGUGGUAAUGAAGGCGAUGGUUUUUGUACUCCAAAUGAUGGUUGUGUUUCUCAAGAUGAAGAGCAAGUUAAUUAUGCGAUGCAGCAUGUUUUAAAUAUUAGUCGAAGCUAUAUCGAUAAAUUUUCACGAAAUGAAUUCGACAAAGGCAAAAUUAGUGAAGAACGAUUACAAGAUGUUUUAAAUAAUUCCAAAAACCUUAAAGUCAAAAUGGAUGGUGAAUUUACUGCAAAAAUAUCUUGCCCUUUAUGUACAUUUAUUUCUUCAGCCUAUUCAGUGAAGAACUCCAAAACCGGAAGAAAAUGGGUGAUUUCAAACUUCCUGAGACAUUAUAAAAUACAUUUUAAAGAUGAUGGAACCAACUUAACUAAAAAAUUACCGAUUAAACCGCAGAAACCCGAAAUUCAGACCACUAUACUUAACUUUAUAAAAAAAGAUGCUAAUAAAAAAUGUGACUUAAACCAAGAUUUUGAAGAUCCAAGAGGAAAUCUCUUUGACCUAACCGAUCCCAAUACAGAUUUAAAUUAUGGAGCUUCGACAUCAUCUGGAUUGCACUUGGAAUUGACUACUGAAUUGAGUCAAAAUGAUUCGUUCAUUGACCAAAAUUACGAAAUUCAUGAUGAGGCACAGCAAAAUAAUCCUAAUGGGGUUUUUUUACACUAUAACACAGACCUCGACACAGACUCUCCAACAGAUAAUCAAUCGUCGAGUCAACUAAGAACAAUUGUUGUUAAUGAUUUUUCUACUGAGGAACGUCAAGGAGCCAGCCAAGUUGUAAAUGAUAUCCCAGUAUCUGAAUUAGAGUAUAAUCCAGACAAUUCAUCUCCAUUGGAAGAUUUUUUCUUUCUUGACAAUGUAGCGGAAAUCAAUCAAAGCAAUAAUGGUUCUGAAAAAGUAAAGUCUCCCAAAGCUAAAUCUUUAUUUGAUGAUAGCAAUUCCAGAAGAGAAAGAAGCUUGCGCAUAUUAAAUGAGUUACCAUAUCAUCAAACACAAAUAACAACUUUUCUAAAUACCAUAAAUCAUGCCAUAGACACUAACCCAGAAGUUACAAACACCCUAAGUAUCCUUACCGAAAAUCAAGGCAUUAAUAAAUUUAAUUAUGGCACCAAAGGCCUACUAAAAUAUCUAUUAGACUCAGCAAUAAGAAACUCUAAAAAUAAAUCAGGACACACAAAUAAAUUUGAUGAUGGAAUGAAACGAUUCUGGCUUUAUAUAUUCAUUAGCGCAGGAAGGAUGAGUUAUGAAAUAUUGCACUCAAAUUUAAAAAAUAUACUGCCUUCUGUCACAACUAUUCACAGACAACUAGAAGAAAUGAAUAAUAUAUUAGAGGGUGAAGUGAGAAUUGAAGACUUAAAACUUUAUUUACAAAAGAGAAAUUAUCCACCCAUAAUUUUUAUAUCCAAAGAUCAAACUGCACUCAUCAAAAAAGUCCAAUAUGAUUCAGCUUCAAAUCAAAUGGUUGGCUUUGUAGCACCUUUACAGGAACAGACGAGAUUUCCUCGCAUUAACAAAUUCCCAGUUGAUUCAGUUAGCGACAUUGAAAAUGCUUUUAAGAAUAAAACAUUAGCAAUAAAUGCAUAUAUUUUUAUGGCUCAGCCAUUAGUAGAUGGAUCACCCGCAUUUUGUAUAUCAAUAUUUGGCAGUGAUAAUAGAUUUACCUCAGAAGAUGUUUAUAAACGAUGGCAAUAUCUCAUAAAGGAAGCAGGAAAACAUGGAAUUACAAUUUUGGGCUUUUCAAGCGAUGGUGACACUCGGUGCUUAAAAAGUAUGAAAAUUAUAUCGAAAUUGUCAUUUACUUCAUUGAACCCUUACUCUCCCUAUUUUCAGGCGAAUUACAAUUUAGAAAAUCCAGCAGUUUUUCAAGACACUAUACAUAUAUCAACGAAGCUUAAGACUCGUUUAUUAAAUGAAAAUAUUUCUAUGAAUAUGGGAGGAAAACGAGUAUCUAUUGACAAUAUCCGGUACAUAAUUGAAAACUAUCCUAGAGAUAAACACUUAUUAUGCAAGAGCUUCCUUGAAUCUUCCGACAAAAUGAACUUCAAUGCAAUAGACAAGUUAAGUUCUGAACAUGUCACAAAUAUGCUUAAGGAAGUUCCCAACGCCGAAGCUACAAGGCAAUAUUUAAUACUGACUCGCAACAUAUUGGAUGCAUUCUUGUUAAAAGAAAUUAGUGUUGAAAGACGAGUAUACCUAAUUUGGUAUUCAACUUUUUUCAUGCGUAUUUGGAAAGCCUGGCUAAAAAAAAAUGGUGAAAAUAUCCAAAAGAAUUUUAUCACCACAAAUGCCUAUACAUGCAUAGAAAUAAACGCUCAUGGAAUUAUUUUAGUCAUUGAAAAACUUCGGCAAAAUGGAAUUUCAGAAGCUUUUCUUCCAUGGCUGUAUAGCAGUCAGCCAUGUGAAAAAGUAUUUAGAGAAACUCGGUCCAUGAGUAGCACAUUUUCAACUAUGAUAAAUUAUACACUGCUGGAUGUUUUAAGAAGAUUAAAACGUAUACAAGCUAUGCAUGAGAUAAGCACAGACUUAGGUCCCAAUUUUAGAUUCCCCAGGCAAGAAAACAAACGACUUGGAAAUAAUUCAAGUGUCUUUAAAGUAACUGAGUUUCCAUCAACUGAUGAAAUGAUUAACAUAAUUAAAAAGGCCCAAGAAGACGCACUAUCUGACGCUAAAAAAAUUGGGAUGGAAAUGAACAGGGAUUGUUGUAUAGAAAUUAAUUUACCGACUUGUGACAAUCCGGAAGAGCAAGAAGAGGUGCAGGGAAGUAUAAUUAUCACUGAUACCAUUUCAAAGGAACAUGAGCCAGACCUCGAGCCAGACUUUUCUAAUGAAGACCGGGAGUUUCUUGAAUAUACCUCUACAUUUAAUAAUUAUGACUCUUUACAUUUGAGAGACUAUACGGGUCAAAAGAAAGCACAAAAAUCGUGUCUGUCAGUGACACUUAAAGACAAAAAAACACGAAUUAUAAAAAAAUCUACUCUAAUUUGGUUUUUUCAGGAAAAACAGGGUCGUUUAUCAACCGACAGACUGCUCCGGGUAAAGGGAAUGACAGUUAAAAAUACGCAUAAGGGGUUAUCAAAAAAAAACAGUUCAGGAAAAAGCCAGGCCAAGGACUUCAACCAGCAGGCAAUAUCAAAAAAAGAAAAAUGUUUCGUCAACCUCAUGAACGAGCUCAUAAAGAUAGUACAUCUGAAUCUCGAUCUGAAUCAGAUGAGAUUAGCUUAGAAAGUGAAACUUUGAGUGAAGAUUUCUCUGACUUAGAAGAUUGCCAUAACGAAAGUACAAAAAUGCCAGUAAUUCAGCUAGAAUCUUAUUAUGCUGUGUUUUAUGAUACACAAUGGUAUCUAGGGCGUGUCAUCAACAGCUACAGCUCAGAAAAGUUUAAAGUGAAAUUUUUACAACAAGACCUGGAUACUUUUAAGUGGCCCAAAAAAGAUGAUAUCCAAGAUGUUCACAAAGAGUUUAUAUUUUAUGGACCAGUUAGUCUAAGCGGAACUGAACCAUUUUCUUUAAAAAGAAAUGAUUUGAUUGCUAUUAAACAGAAAUACAAAACAAUCAAAUCCAUCAAAUCAUUAAAAAAUUAAACAUAUUUUUUUAUGUUAUUUAUUAUGUUAAUAAAGCUACUUUGCUUAAU